AUGCCACCGAUACAACCGCCAGUGUUAAAUAGUAGCUCAGAUGUUUUAAGUGAUAUAACACCAAAUUAUAAGCAUUUAAUUCAUUUUUCAAGACCCGAUGUUCUUGCUGAGCCAAAUUAUCGACCAUUAUCACUAACAUUUAUUGAAUAUCUUGAUGGUGAUAAACUUGGCUUCAUUUUGGCAUGGUUUUCAAUGUUACCAUUUAUUUAUAUUGUUGCCUUAUGUACAUUAAUUAUAUUUCGACGUGAUAUACAAACGAUAAUGUAUUUCGGUGGUUUUGUUAUAUCUGGUAUAAUUAAUCAUUAUCUUAAAAUAACUUUUAAACAACAGCGACCAGAAAGAACUCGUCAUCGAAUGGAUUUUUACGAUGUAUAUGGUAUGCCAAGUGGUCAUGCUCAAAGUUUUUUCUAUUUUAUGACAUAUUUAUCCAUUUUUCUUUUUCUUAAAUCGCAAGGCUCUAGUACAACUUAUAUACGCUCAAUACGUAAUCGUUGUUUUCUUCUAGUGCAACCUAUUGCUGCUAUUCUAGUUGCUUAUAGCCGAGUUUAUCUUUAUUAUCAUACAAUUGCACAAGUUGUUGUCGGUAGUUUUAUUGGUACAAUAUUAGGUGGUCUUUGGUAUUAUUUUAUUAAUUAUCAAUUUAUAAAAUAUGUUUCAUUUAUAAUUGAUCAACCAUUAGCAAAAUAUUUUCUUAUUCGUGAUUAUUCAUCAAUACCAAAUAUUAUUCAGUUUCAAUAUGAUAGUGAAUGUGCAGAAGCGAAACGGUGUCGAGCAAGAUAUGUGAAUUCUUCCAGGGACUCAAUUAUGUUAACAAAUAUACCAUAA